GGCACCUGGGACCGGCACAUGCCCAGCGCACGCGGCGUGCCGCCCUGCUAGAAGUUGCCGCUCGGAGUUGGAGGCCGCUGAGGACCGAGAGCAGGAGAAAGAAGACAGCACGCGGCGGCGGCCCGCGAGAAGGCGCCGCGCAUCGCUCGCGGCCCGAAAAGUGGAGCUGCAACUUGGCCACGACUGCACCUGUUUGCACCGCUCCACCCAGAGCGACCACCGCCAUCGGCCGUCUUUGGCAAGUGGUUUGUGCACGAGGAGAAACUUUCCACCUGUGAGCCGGACCUGCGCUGAGUGCGUGUUUUUUGUAUUUUAUUCUUGUUGCUUGCACCUCCCCCAUUCUUCUCUCUGCUAGGACCUCUUCCCCCGUCUCGCCUCCGCGUUUAAGCCCCUGUCCGUCCCCGCCUCCUGGCCGUCUAUGCUCCAGGCCCUCUCCGCGCGGUGCCGGUGAACCCGCGAGCCGCCCCGAUGUACAGCAUGAUGAUGGAGACCGACCUGCAUUCGCCUGGCGGCGCCCAGGCUCCCACGAACCUGUCGGGCCCGGCCGGGGCAGGCGGCGGCGGGGGCGGCGGCGGGGUCGCCAAGGCGAACCAGGACAGGGUCAAGCGGCCCAUGAACGCCUUCAUGGUGUGGUCCCGCGGGCAGCGGCGCAAGAUGGCCCAGGAGAACCCCAAGAUGCACAACUCAGAGAUCAGCAAGCGCCUGGGCGCCGAGUGGAAGGUCAUGUCCGAGGCCGAGAAGCGGCCGUUCAUCGACGAGGCCAAGCGGCUGCGCGCGCUGCACAUGAAGGAGCACCCGGAUUACAAGUACCGGCCGCGCCGCAAGACCAAGACGCUGCUCAAGAAGGACAAGUACUCGCUGGCCGGCGGGCUGCUGGCGGCCGGCGCGGGCGGCGGCGGCGCGGCCGUGGCCAUGGGCGUGGGUGUGGGCGUGGGCGCGGCGGCCGUGGGCCAGCGCCUGGAGAGCCCGGGCGGCGCGGCGGGCGGCGGCUACGCGCACGUCAACGGCUGGGCCAACGGCGCCUACCCCGGCUCGGUGGCGGCCGCGGCUGCGGCCGCGGCCAUGAUGCAGGAGGCGCAGCUGGCCUACGGGCAGCACCCGGGCGCGGGCGGCGCGCACCCGCACGCGCACCCGGCGCACCCACACGCGCACCACCCGCACGCGCACCCGCACAACCCGCAGCCCAUGCACCGCUACGACAUGGGCGCGCUGCAGUACAGCCCCAUCUCCAACUCGCAGGGCUACAUGAGCGCCUCGCCCUCGGGCUACGGCGGCCUGCCCUACGCCGCCGCCGCCGCGGGCAGCGCGCACCAGAACUCGGCCGUGGCGGCGGCGGCGGCGGCGGCUGCCGCGUCGUCGGGCGCCCUGGGCGCGCUGGGCUCGCUCGUCAAGUCGGAGCCGAGCGGCAGCCCUCCGGCCCCCGCGCACUCGCGGGCGCCGUGUCCCGGGGACCUGCGCGAGAUGAUCAGCAUGUACUUGCCGGCCGGCGAAGGCGGAGACCCGGCAGCAGCGGCGGCAGCCGCCGCGGCGCAGAGCCGGCUGCACUCGCUGCCGCAGCACUACCAGGGCGCGGGCGCGGGCGUGAACGGCACGGUGCCUCUGACGCACAUCUAGGGACGCGGGGACACUGCGGCCCGCGCCGGCGACGCACGACGAGGAGCGUGCGGCCCGCCCCGGGCGCCCGGCGCGGCCUCGCUUCUGCACGGACGUUUCCA